AUGUUAUUCUCAACCACAAAUUUCCUGAGCACUCUCGCUCUCCUCACCUCUUUCGCAUCCGCCGCUCCUACAAUUAAACGACAAACCUACAGCUACCCACCUCAAUCUACAUCCAAAAACUUCAACCUCGUUGCCAACGUUACCUCAGGCAAUCUAGCCAUCAACAACUUUGUAGUCGAGUCCUAUCACACAGGUGCCGGAACUGCAUUCGCAGUCCUUGCUGAAAACACCACCAUAGCCAACCCCCGCAUCUUCUACGUAAAUGGCACAGCCACCGAUGUUCGUUUCGGUAACUCUUCUACCAUUUCCGACACAGGUAGUGGAAUUGAUACCUAUCCUCAAGCCAUCAUCAUUUCUCCGUCCGACCCCGCCCUCUCAUCAUCCCCCAACGGUUCUGUUGUGAGGAUGGACAUUGCAGCCGGUCAACCAUAUGUAGGACUUACUACAUUCCCCGACCCAAUUAUCCAAUUACAUGGCUACCAAGGCGAAACAUUCUACGCCUGCAACAAUACUCUUCUUUAUGGAAACGCAUUCCAACUUUUCUACAGGGGAUAUAGCCAAGUAACACCAGCUGGAUGCUCCGACGUUGCUCUGCUGCCUCAGUGCAGUGAGGCAAGAGGAGCUGUUAGCGAAUUCGCUGCGACUGUGGGUUGUUAUGCGGAUGUGGCGGGCAUCGAUUGGAGUCUUUACAGUGCAUGA